UAACGCGUUAGGUAGUUGUGGAAAUUUCUUUUUUGGCUACUCUUUUCUCAUAUUUGAUCCAAGUUGACUUGACUUUAUCGCCCUGGUCAUGCUACUCAACUUUUCACUUCUACAAUACAAUUCUUCAUUCUGUUUCUUCAUUCCUCUUUUCAAACCAGAUACAUCAAAUACAACUGUUGAUUGUUUUAUUAAGCCAAUUCAGUUGAUAGCUGUGCACGUACAUCAAAUACAACUGUUGAUUCUGUUUCUUGAUUCAGAUUUCGAAACCAGGAUGGAAGCCCUUGCUGUUACUGUCUUGGAAAAGUUGGGUUCUUCACUUUACAAAGAGCUUGGAAUCAUUUGGAAUCUCAAAGAGGAUAUCGAAAAAAUGAAGAACACGGUAUCUAUGAUCAAAUCAGUACUCCUCGAUGCCGAAACCAAGGCCAAUAAUCAUCAAGUUAGUAAUUGGUUGGAGGAGCUGAAAGAUGUACUUUAUGAUGCAGACGAUUUACUAGAUGAUUUUUCCAUUGAAGAUUUGAAAGGAAAAGUGAGGGUUAGAAACAAAAAAGUAAAAAAGGUACUAUGUUUCUUCUCAAAACCAAACAAAAUUGCCUAUAGUCAUACAUUAGGCCAUCGAAUAAAAGCAAUCCAGAAGAGGCUAGAUGACAUUGCUAAAAUGAAGCAUGCAUUGCAACUAACUGACCGCCCUAUGGAGAAUCAGAUUUUAUAUAGGGAGCAGAGACAAACUUACUCUUUUGUGAGUAAAAAUGAAGUUAUUGGAAGAGACGAUGAAAAGAAACGUAUUAAGCGUUAUCUACUUGAUAUCAAUGCUUCAGAUAAUGUUUCUGUAAUUCCCAUAGUUGGGAUUGGGGGAUUAGGUAAGACUGCUCUUACUCAACUGGUCUACAAUGAUAACGAUGUUCAUAAGCAUUUUGAGCUAAAAAUGUGGGUGUAUGUUUCUGAUGAAUUUGAUAUGAAGAAAAUAGCUCAGGAGAUCAUCCGGGAUGAAAAGAAUAGUCCGAUGGAGCAAGUGCAAGAACAACUUAGAGACAAAAUUCGAGGGAAGAAGUUUUUGCUUGUGUUAGAUGACAUGUGGAACGAGGAUCGUGAACUGUGGCUUAAAUUGAAGAGCUUGUUCGUGGAAGGAGGAAAAGGAAGCAUGAUAAUUGUGACAACGCGUAGUCAAACUGUGGCGAAAAUAGCAGGCACACAUCCACCUCUUUUCUUAGAGGGUUUGGAUUCGCAAAAAUCACAGGAGUUAUUCUCUCGAGUGGCUUUCGGCGAGUUAAAAGAACAAAAUGAUUUGGAAUUGGUAGCUAUAGGAAGGGACAUUGUUAAAAAAUGUGCUGGCAUCCCUCUUGCUAUCAGGACUAUUGGAAGCCUUUUGUUUUCUCGAAAUUUGGGAAGAAGCGAUUGGCUAUAUUUCAAGGAUGUUGAGUUUUCGAAGAUAGAUCAAAACAAUGACAAAAUCUUUGCAAUGCUUAAACUGAGUUACGAUCAUCUUCCUGCAUUUCUAAAAAAAUGUUUUGCAUAUUGUUCACUGUUUCCGAAAGGCUUUGUGUUUGAAAAAAAUACUCUCAUUCAGUUAUGGGUAGCUGAGGGGUUCAUUCAACAAUCAAAUGAUGUUAGAUGUGUAGAAGAUGUUGGUCAUGAGCACUUCAUGAGUUUGCUGUCAAUGUCCUUCUUUCAAAAUAUCACUAUAGACGAUUGUGGCGGCGUAAGUACUUGUAAAAUGCAUGACCUUAUGCAUGAUCUAGCACAGCUAAUAGCUGGGAGUGAAUAUGCAGUGGUUGAAGGAGAAGAAGCAAACAUUGUAAACCGAACGCGUUAUUUGUCGUCUCGUACUGCAUUACAGUUCGGACCACCGUCACCAUGUUCCUACAAAUUAAGGACAUUGCAUUUACAUCCACAAAUGAAUAAUUCAAGCAAUUAUUUGCGCUUUUCCUUUUCAGGCCUAAAGUUCUUACGUGUGUUGACACUUUGUGGGUUGAAAAUUUCCGCAAUCUCAAAUAGUAUUGAAGAGAUGAAGCAUUUAAGAUACAUUGAUCUAUCACAGAAUGUUGCACUUAAAGAACUUCCGCCGGGCAUUACCAUCCUGCAGAACUUGCAAACUCUAAAACUUUCUGAAUGUUCAAAGCUCGAAAUAUUACCAGAAAAUCUCAAUAAAAGUCUCCGGCAUCUUGAGUUGAAUGGUUGUGUGAAAUUGAAAUGUAUGCCACAAGGGAUAGCACAGUUGACAAAUCUUCAAACACUAACACUUUUUGUAGUGAGAAAUAAAAGUGUAAAUGAAUUGGGUGGUUUAAUCAACCUCAGAGGGAGAUUAGAAAUAAAAGGGUUGGAUUUCCUACGAAAUAAUGUAGCAGAUAUUGAAAAAGUACUUCUUGAAAAGCAACACCUUCAAGAAUUGGAAUUGCGGUGGGCCUACGACGAUGGUUUUGAUGAGAAUUUUCAAACAUGCCCAGUAUUGCCCGACAGGGCCGAACAAGAAAACGAAAACUGGGUGGAAGAUGAGAUGAUUUUACAAGCUCUGCAAUCACACCACUCGCUUCAGAAACUAAUUAUAGAUGGAUUUUGCGGCAAAAGAUUACCAGAUUGGAUAGGGAAUCUCCCAUCGCUCUUGACUCUUGAGAUCUACAAUUGCCCUGGUUUGACAUCACUGCCCGAAUCAAUUUGUAGACAGGUAUCUUUGCAGAAACUUUCCAUUUGUAAUUGCUUCUCAUUAGAGAAAAGAUACGGAAGAGCAUUUGGUAUAGACUGGCCCAAAAUCUCUCACAUCCGAAAAGUUGAGAUCCUUCCUAUGAAACCAUUGUUUUUUAAGUACUUUUCUUGAGUCAAGAUGUACUUACCUGUUGGGAUUUUUUCAUAAUUUUUGGGUGUGUAGUAUGUUGAACAGAGUUGAUAAUAUAUUUCUCUGUCUAUGUUUGUAAUAAGUUCUUAGUUGGUAUUCAGGACCAUGGUAAACUAUUGAACUAGUGCGAACCCAAAAUUACCGGCCAAAACCAAUUAAAAUUGGAGAACUAGCGGUUUUGAAAAAAACGAAAAAUUAAAUGCAUGCUUUUUCCUUAAAAAGAUGACGUCGUUUUGAUAAUUUAAAAAAAUAAAUUAAAACAUAAAUAGACUUUGUUUAAAAAUAAUUUGGAACAAUUUUUGUCCUUAGAAUUAA